AUGGAAGAAUUACAAAGACUUCGAGCGUCCCGAAAAGCUUAUCGAGCACACCUCACAACACUUUACAAGAAGAUUAUAGAAUUGAAAUCCGCCACGACUAUCGAUGAACUUCACAUUGCCACGCUCGAAAACUAUUGUCAACAACUCAAAAGAAAGAAAGACAUCUUAUCACCACUCGAUGAACAAAUUGCGAAAGCUAUCACCAAACCCGAAGACCUUGAAUGUGAGAUUUUUGAAACGGAAGAAAUGCACAGCACAAUCGACGAAAGGUACAGUGAACUUACCACAUUUAUUGAGAUAAAACGAAACGAAUUAAAGCUUAAAGUUACU